ACAAGAGCUGAAAUUUUAGUUUGACACACGAGGGGAUUAAUUGAAGUUUCCGCACGAAUGCUCAAUUAACAUCUUAUUCUUGUGCAAUUUGAAUGCCUUGAGAAGAUAUUUAUAACCUUCAUUUAAAUACACUUAGAAGAUGGCUAACAAGGCAGAGUCCACUAUGAGCACUAGUGAGAGUGUGUCCCACAGCGUGCUGAGCUGGGACCAGGUGAGCCGCCUUAAUGAGGUCCUGACAGAAGUGGUGCCGGUCCAUGGCCGAGGGAACUUUCCCACUCUGGAGGUGCGGCUGAAGGACAUUGUGCAGAUGGUGCGCACCAGGCUGCAGCUAAGGGGGAUUAAAGUGAAAGACGUCCGUCUGAACGGCUCUACAGCCAGCCAUGUGCUGGUGCAGGACAUUGGCUGGAGCUACAAGGACCUGGAUGUCAUUUUCAGGGUGGACCUGCCCCAGGAGUCAGGGUUCCAGCUGGUCAAAGACGUGGUGCUAGGCACCCUGCUGGACUUCCUCCCUGAGGGGGUGAACAAGGAGAAGAUCACCCCCAUGACUCUGAAGGAGGCCUAUGUUCAGAAGCUAGUCAAGGUGUAUACCGAGCAGGACCGCUGGAGCCUCAUCUCCCUCUCCAACAACAACGGACGCAAUGUGGAGCUCAAAUUUGUGGACUCUAUCCGCCGGCAGUUUGAGUUCAGUGUGGACUCAUUCCAGAUCGUGCUGGACUCACUGCUCACCUACUAUGACUAUUCGCCGGGGAACCCCAUGUCUCGCCACUUCCACCCCACCGUGGUGGGCGAGAGCGUGUACGGGGACUUUGGCGCGUCUCUGGAUCACCUCAUGAACAAGCUGAUUGCCACCAAGCGGCCAGAGGAGAUCCGUGGUGGGGGCCUGCUCAAGUACUGCAACCUGCUGGUAAGGGACUUCCGGCCCACCUCGGAGGAGGAGUUCAAGGGCCUGGAGCGCUACAUGUGCUCCCGCUUCUUCAUCGACUUCCCCGACAUUGGCGAGCAGCAGCGCAAGCUGGAGGCCUACCUGCAGAGUCACUUUGUGGGCGAAGAGAAGAGCAAGUAUGACUACCUCAUGAUCCUGCGGCGUGUGGUCAACGAGAGCACGGUGUGUCUCAUGGGCCACGAGAGGCGGCAGACCCUCAACCUCAUCUCACUGACAGCCUUCAGGGUGCUGGCUGAGCAGAACGCCAUUCCUGACGCCUCUAGCGUCACUUGCUACUACCAGCCGGCGCCCUACGUCCGAGACCACAACUUUAGCAACUACUACGUGGCCUCUUGUAACCAGAACAUUCCAACAUGGCUGCCAUGUAACUGAAAGACACACGCACACAAGAGAAGACUGCUGCUUUAAGGGGGGGAAAAAAAAGAGAAAAAAAAGAGAUAAAUAGGCUCCCCAUAAACACAAAUUGGACCAUAACUGGGAUUUCCCUCUGGUCAUAAAGGGUUUAUUUAAAUGGACAAGUGGUUUUGUUUGGUUUUUUUUUGGACUCCCUUCUCCUUUCUCAUUACUUAUCUGCAGAGGUGUCAAGAUAAAUAGAUCCAAAGUGAUAUUUAAAUGUUUGGAUUCAUGUUAUUUAGCCUUUUUUUCAUAUUGCAAUGUUUUUGUUCACCCUUUUUUUCUCCCUAAUCUGAGUUUCGAAUUAACGUCCUGAUUCAAUAAUGAAUUGUCCUUGGUGCCUUACUGUCUGUCUUCCCCUGAUAAGUAUAUUUGGUCCAUCUUAAUAGAAAGGAGGGGGGGGGGGGAUUGUGUGUUUGGGUUGUGUAUUUAAGAAAUGUGAAAAGACUGGGGGUGCAGAAUGUUAAUUGUGUAGUGACUAAAAACGAGCAUAAAGAAAAAGUGAAAUGAUUCCUGAGCUGACAUGGAUGUUUAGCUUCCUGAUGCGCAGUAGUGGUUUGCUCAUCAGUGUUUGGGGAUUUUCUAUUAGUGAGAUGACUUCAUCUUCAUUUCCUUUAGAAGGCAUCCAAGGUAAAAGGGAGGCCAAGGAACUGCUCAUUUAGUUUUAAAUCAAAGGUGUAAAUUGGGAAAGUCAUAUUACUAGCACAGCAGUGUUCUCUAGCGGCCAGAGUGCCUGUGCCGUGUAGACUUUGUAAUUGUAUUUUCCACUGUGAAUGUUGGUGACAGCCUCCUAAAUCUGUUCAGCCCUUUCCUUUCUUUUUUAAAAUAACUUUAUUCAGUCAAGACUGGAUUUGAGUGUAUACUAUGUAGCGUGUAAAGUGGCUUACUCUCCUUGUGUCCUCUCCUCCAUGCAACAGGUCAAAUGGAACUGUAGAAAGCCUAUCCAAACCUUUUGCCUGCUUGUGUUAAUGCUUGAAAGGAGACGAGGGGAGGACGCCAUGAAUGAGUCUUGACAAGCACCCCCAUACAGUGACUGUUGGGCCUUUAUUUGCCCACUGAUCUGGGCUAAUGUAUAUUGUGUGGAGUUACUAUUUUCUUUUAAACUUCUUCCAAAUAGUCAGUGUUCAUGGUCCACCUGGUGGGUUCUAUACUGUAGGCUCAUUCAGAGGGCAGGACAGGGCCUUCCUCUCUUCCUGGAAUCUAAUCUGAGAGGCAGGGAACUACUGUCCUGUUCCUUAAAAGGAGCCCCACUUGGCAGGGUCUGGAGCCCCUUGCGGGCUUCGCAAUGGCUGAAAUGGGAUCCCAGUCUGGUGCAGGCUACCCAAUAGCUUUAACAGCAGUUUAUAAUUAUUGUGGGAGGGUAAGGAAGAGGGUUGUGUGUGUCACUGCCCCUUUACAUGUGUGAGGGCUUACUCACUUUCCACUCCACUCUCCACCACCCUUUAAGGGUUUGCUGGGGGCAGGUGUGAACCGUUUUCUGGUCAUGGGAGGACAGGGGAAUAUGGCUGCUUGCCUAGCACAUUCAACAAAAUGUAAAUGUCUGGAAUUCCGUUCUCAAUUUAGACCUCACGCUUUUUGAUUUAUAUGGCAGAAGUUGUAGUCAGAUCUAUGACGGGCAUCCCAGUCCCCCUUCAAACCCCAUUUAGAAAUUGCCCCCCCACCCCUACCAUCUCCCUUUUGACUGACCUCUCCAUUUUAAUUUCCAGUCCAGUAAGCCAACUGUUCUCUAAGUGUUUCUGUCCAACCAAACCCAGGGACUAACUUCUGCAAACUUAAUGUGUGCAUCCAGAAAAGGGGUAGGAUGUGGUUCUGCCCUGUUCA